AUGGAACCCGAAGGGAUAGAAAUUUAUCCUCCUUCCGGUAAUAAGACUUCGAAAUCAAAGGCCAAGGCGCUUAAACAAAAGAAGGUACAUAACUCGUAUCAUCAAUGCCGGUUUCUUGGUUUCAUCAAACUUGUUCAUAUCUCAUCAUUAAUUUGUCAGGUUGCUUAUCAUGAAAUAAUUGACGUUGACAUUGAUGAAGACCGCAAUGAUGUAGUAUUCAUGGAAGGGAAGGUGCGAUCGAACAAAAAGAUGAAGUCAUCUUUGGUUCCUAGUAAUAGUAAUGCAGAACAAGGUUCAAGGCACAGUGGUGUGCAAAUGGAUUCAGUGGGGCCCAGCCAUUCUUCAAAGAGCUUUGUAGCAGAAAACUUUUUUGAUUUAGAUGAUUAUGCUUUCGAGGAUGAUGAUUCCAUGGAUUUGGCUUUGCAAUUGCAAUCCCAUUUUGAUAGUAUGGAUACACCUACUCAUAUCGAAGCUCAAAUUCCCUGGUUUCCAGAUAACUUCCCAAUGGAAAAGAAUUCAUCUAAACAUGAUCAGGCUUCUUCUAGUUAUUCUGGUCUACAUGCAAAUAACAGUUCAAAGAAUCUUUCAUUUCUUAAGACCCCACAAAAAAUCCAACACCAAAAUGAAAAUGUGCCCUUCAAUAACCCUAGGAGUUCAAGUUUAACUGGAAGUUCUUCUAGCAUGACAAAGGUUGUUGAUAAUGAAGAUGUUAUCAAAAGAUAUGAGAGCUUCAAGAAGUUUGAUACGGUCGUUGACUUUUCUGAUCAUUAUUAUGCAACAAAGAGUUCACGAACGAAUCGACCAUCGAAAAAUUGGGCUAAAAAGAUACACGAUGAGUGGAGGAUUCUUGAUAAAGACUUGCCUGACACAAUAUUUGUUAGGGCAUAUGAAUCAAGGAUGGAUCUUUUAAGAGCUGUAAUUAUUGGAGCAGAGGGUAUCCCAUAUCAUGAUGGCCUCUUCUUCUUCGAUGUCUGCUUUCCAAGCAGCUAUCCUAACACCCCACCUCUUGUGCAUUAUCACUCUGGUGGCCUUCAUAUCAAUCCGAAUCUCUACGAUUGUGGUUACGUCUGCUUGAGCCUUUUGAACACAUGGGAUGGUGGCAAAAAGGAGAUGUGGAUCCCUGGGACCUCAACCAUGCUCCAAGUCCUUGUGUCUAUACAGGGUCUCAUCCUCAACGCAAAGCCUUACUUCAAUGAACCUGUAUAUGCAAAAACAAGUGGGUCCGUGUAUGGGGAAAAAAGUUCCAUACAAUACAAUGAAUCCACUCUUAUCCUAUCACUCAAAACCAUGGUGUAUACCAUGAAAAAACCACCCAAGCGCGUGCGUGAUAUUUUGAUGGCGUGUAAGGCGUAUACAGAAGGUGUGCAAGUUGGGUGUCUUGUGAGGGGAGGUGUACAGGAUGUGGAUGAGGGUAAUAAUGACGUCAGCUGUUCGGAUAAAUUCAAAGGUAACGUGGUUGCGUAUGUUAAGACGCUUGUGGCUGCUUUUAAAAGCAUUGGAGCUAAAGAAGCUGAGGAGUUUAUUUGGUUAAGUGAAAAGGAAAUCCUUCCAUCCCAUGCACUGCACCUUCUACUGGUUCCCGAAUUUUCGCAAAAAAAAAAAAAGUAA